CUUCCAAAAAACAAAAUGGCGAUGAGAUUGGGUUUGUAGAGGGGUUAGUGGAGAUUAUAUUCGUGGUCUAAACAGCUCUCCUUUUUGUAGUUGGAAGCAUACACCCGUAACCGGUAGGUUUACGAUGGAAAAUCUCCAAACAAUUUUUUUUUGUAUUUCCGUUGGUGUGCUUCGCUACACUUGUGGUCCCUAAAGUUGCUUGUCAUACUAACUGGUUUGUGUUUCCUUCAUUUUCGCAGUUAUAUCAUGUACUCCGAAUGGGUUUCUCUUCGUAAUACUUUGCAGCGUGACCAAAGUAACAGAAGCGUUUUGCAGAAUUUCCCACCAUCCGUUGGAAAAGAUGUUGCUCACACAGUUGUCAAAACACUCGUCAAUUCGGGAACAGAAGAGUCUCUUCGUUCAGAGAAAGAAGUGGACUGGAUUAUGGAAGUUCUGUGUUAUGGGUUAACUCUUCAAAUGACUGAGAGUGAUGGCGAAAUAGUUAAGGGUUGUGUCAACAUAUAUCUGGACUGGCUCACAGUUUUGACAAAUCCUAAGAAUGGAAUUCCCGAACCCCUGCUCAAGACCCCGGAGAAAUAUGCUAAGGCAAUUUUCCAUCACUUUCGUAACCUUUUUGUGAAAAGAACAGAAGGAAAUUUAGCUUUACAAGCCUCGUUAUGUAUCAGAGUGCUACAAGUGAUUCAAGCUACUGCUGCAGAAGCAAAGAUGUCGCCUUUAACAUGGGAGGCAUUGCUAAAGUUUUUGAUGAUCAUAAAUGACAUGCUUCUUUCACCGCCAAACAUAUCUGGGGGACUUGCAGAACACUUGUGCGAAAAAUUAAUUAGUGUUCUGCUUGAAGUAUGGCUUUAUGCCAGCUGUUAUCAUUUCCCUGCACCUUCAAUGUGGAAAACAUUACAAGAACUUUGCAUGUCAUGGCGACAUCAUAGUGCAAUGAUUGAUUACUGGAGCAGAACAUCUCUCUCUCUUACCAAGAAAGUGAUACAAUUCAUGUAUGGCCCUAGCUUCCCUUUGCCCCUGGUACCGACCAAGAAAAGCGAUGUCCGACUUCCAGCCAAAUUAGCUAGCGAUUGCCUCAUACAGUGCUGGUUCCGAAUUCUCCACAUCAUAGGAAAUCCUGUUGACCUCUGCAAGAAGGAGGUCAUCAGUGCUACACCUAGAUUCAAAGAAUUUGCUUUGGAAAGUGAAGAAGUUAUUUCACCUGAGGCCCAUCCUUGUUUGAAGAUGCUUCCCCAGAAUUUUUUGCAAGCAAUGAAAGGUAUUGCAGUCCUUAUAAAUGCCUUCCUGAGCAUAACGACAACAGUGGAUGAGCCAGUGAAGCACAUACCAAUACCGGCACCAACGAAAAGUUCAAGCCCGCCACCUGCCAAGAGGCGUGACCUGAAAUCCCUGAGUAUUGGUUUGGCUCUAGGUUUAAAUGAUCUGACAGGGAUUGUAAGAUCGCAAACAGUCCCAUCCAGAAAUAGCAGUGGAGCAUCGUCUACUGGAAUACCCCAGCUAGACCCACAUCACACAGAACUAACAAGCAUAUCCUCAACUUCAAUGCUGUUUCCUAGAUCAACAGCAUCUGACACAGAAAGGCCAUCAGGGGACAGCGUGCUUCAUUUGUUUGGAGCAUGGCUCUUUGAUGCUAUAUUUGCCAAGAUGGACAUGCCAGCAAACUUCAAGGCCCUUGGAAAGAUCUAUGAAGGAUUUGUUGGAAAUACUGUUCCUGAAAUGACAGGGACAGGCAGAGUGGGGUAAGGCUGUGAAUUCUUCUUUACUUUACAUGUAUUUCAAAAGCCAAUAUUGUUUUCCAGACAGACAUGUAAUGUGAUUUUCAAUCUUUAUCACCCUUAAUAGUUGAUGCUCUUAUCUAAAUUUUGUACAUGUAGGUAAAAAAAUUAGGGGUUUUUACCUUCAUUGUAGUUUGAAUUAUUUUGAGUCGUUGGGGAUUUUUAUGCAUCAGGGAUGCAGGAUGCAGAGAUAACAAAAUCACUGGCUGUACAUGUAUUAGGGGGAUAUAAUUGACUGAAAAACAGUGUGUAUUUUUGCAUAAUCAAGUGCAUGCAAACAGUCAAACAAAAAGUCUGGAGCAAGGCUAAUAUAUAGAUUUAGCCAGGGCUAAAAGCGAGGCUCCCAUUAAUAAAUUUACAAUUUAAAUUAAACAAUAAACUUGUAUUCGAAUUCCACAAUUCAGUUAACUUUAGAGCACAUUUAUGUGACUUUUGCGGGAAAGGCUACCUGAUUUUAGAGAAACAUAAUUUCCAAACAGCCCAAGAGUGGACCAAAUCUUACAUCGAGUUGAUAGCCUCAUAUGUACACCCAAAAACUGGUAAUCAUCUUCGAUCACAUUUAAGAGCCAUAAUGGCUCUUGAUCACCGUAGAUUAAUUAGUGGGAAAAAAAUCAGGCCAACUUUUUUGCGUUCGACAAGUUUGCUUUGCAAAAUCUUGUCAACAAAUCUGGGUGCGUGUAAACCAACCUUUUAUACCAUUUAUACAUCACAUCUGAGGUGAAACAGUAGUAUGAGGCAUUGUUUUUAUCAUACCGGUAGACCUCGGACAGAAAGCAGUAUUUCACAAUACAAAUUGCACUCAUUCAAUAUUCAUAAACUAUUAAAAAAAUUUCCAAAAUCACCUAUACGGCCAUCCGGUUCUCACUUUUGUAGUGCGAGCUGUGGCGAGUGUUUGAAUGAACAUUAACAGAGUUACGCUCCAACAUUAUAAAGAAUUUAUUCUGUUUAUUUUUUAUUUAAUGGUUUAUUAACGCGCGGCAUUUUGAGUACUCCUGCAAGCGAGUUCACUGAACGACUGAAAACAAUCGGCACAGCGAUUAAAAUUACAAGAGAGACUACUAACAAUCAAUAAAAGAAAUAUAAUUCGGUGAAACAUAUACAGAAACAACAAUUUUCAUUCAGGAAGACAAGUAUUAAAGUAUCCCUAAAAAUCCUGAGUCUUACAAGCUUCAAGCUUAAGUUUGUGUUUUAAGCCGGCUUCCCGGUGUUUGCUUUUUUCAAAAACGAACUCGAGGCAAGAAAAUCGCUCAAAGCUUUCUUUUCCGGCCAGAAUUAUAACUAAAUAUUCUUUGGCACGUUUUCUUUCUAUUUGCGGUGAGAAACUGUCUAAAGGCUUUUUAAAGUUCUGUAAGCUUUAUAUAUCAAACCUGAUACUCGGUCAGAUCAUUGUCUCAAAUCUUACAAACGUGCAUAAACUAAAUGACCGCAUAAACUCCGCUCGACUUCAUUAAAUUAGAUCCAAAAAAACAAACAUCAAAUACAAUAAUUUCUCUGGCUUACCAUUCGAGAUGCAGCUCCUGAAAGGUAUCAAGAAAAGCCAGUAUCGCUUCAGACUUUGCAAUCCUCUUACGCAUCAAGCAAGAUGAAAACGAAAACGAUGCCAUCGGAAAUCGGAUUUCCGACUUUGACAAGCGACGUAUUCCUCAACCAAAAACCCAAUAAACAAACUAGCCAUGAAUAACAGAGGACUCCUGAUAGCAGCUGAAUUUCAUUUUGCACAUCCAUUGGAAAAAGACAGUUAAAAACAUCACAAGUUAACACAAAACUCUGUCAGCUUCAGCUGUCAAAGUAAACAAGAUUCAAGAUGCUGCAUAAAUUUUCCACAUGAACUCACCUGUCGAAUUUUGACCAAUCAGAGCAUAAAAAUUGGACGUAGAGCGUGACCAAUGCGUGACCAUGGUGAGAAAAGUCAAAAGCAACUGUCUUCCCUGCCUGUAACAGCUGGCUGAAUUUUCGCGUCCGAGGUCAGUUUGCAAUCAAAAUUUUAAUUGUGUAGCACAUAAACACAACAUAUUUCAUAUGAAUUUAGAAAAAACUUGAACUUGAGCCUGCGAUCACUUGAAAACUAGUAACUUGUCGGCGGAUAACUUCAAAAAAAUACUUGACCUCGAUGGGUCGACACCUGAGCCCGCGAUACGGUCAAGUGAUACUGGUCAGCGGGUACCCUGUUGUGACAGCUGUCAAUUGAUCAAAUUGAUGUCCAAUAUGUGUGCAUUAUCAGUUUAACUAGUAAAAAGUAUGAGAUUGAACAUUGUUCGCGAUCUAGUAAAACAAUUAACUGGUCAGCGGACAGCUUCCAAAUAAAUCACGUCACCUCGAUGAGUUGACACAUGAGCCCGCGAUAUGGUCAUGGGAUACUGGUCAGUGGCUAUCCUGUUUUGACAGCUGUCAAUUGACCAUAUUGUGAAUGUCCUAAAAUCCUAUAUUAAAGAUGUGGACUUGCCAAGACACGCCUGAGACACCCCUCCCUUCCUUUUGAUAGUCUCCCCUACCCCACCCGUACAAUCUGUAGACGCGUACGUACGUAUGUACGUACGUACGUACGUACGUACGCUCGGUCAAUCACGUGACAACCAAACGAAAAGAGGUUGACCAUAUUCCAUGAGUAUGGGGCUCUGUCCCACGCGCGCUUCGCGCGCGCGGGAGCCCCGCUAAAAAUGUGGGAUUGCACGCAUCACUUGUGUGAGACUCUUAUGCUACGCUAAAUGAUUUUAAUAAAAAAAAUCUGACUGUCUUGCAGUUUUUGGGGGGGACCCUCCUUUAGACCUGAAUCUGAAAUUGUACAGUCAUGUAACCAUGCCUACCUGACUUUGUUGUUUUUAGGCAUGACGUUGUGGGCUACUUCGUGGACAGUAAGUUUGAGCCGGGAUGUGCUGAGGCUUAUGGCGCUCUUUGCCGCAUCUUUUGUAGUCAUCAGUCUGAUCAAGAGAUUAGACCAGUCUAUCUGUCCAGAUUUUAUUUAGCGGUGGCAAUUGGACUCCUGUAUUCAGAUGUAAGCAGUAUUAUAUUAUAUAUUUAUUUUUGUUACUGGUAAUUUUUGAUUGAUUGAUUUUCUGUUUUUGAGAUUUCCUGGACAUGAAGUGUAGAGCCUUGGUAUUACACAAAAAAUGUAUUAAACUUUUGAGGUGCAAAACAAGCGAUAGUUACUUAAGAGAGUGAAGUCCUUUUUAAUCAAGCCUAUGAAAAAAAUUCUGUGAUAAACAUAACUUCUAUCAGUGAUAAAAAGAUGAGUAGCUGAAAUGAAUUAAUUUUACAUGUCAAUGGUUCUUGACAUGUUUUCUCUGAGUAAAUUGAAUGGCUGUAAACAGUCUAAUGUGUAGGUGCUAGAUGUAAGGAAGCUUCCAAACAGUACUAUUCGUUAAUUUGAGUGUCAGCAGAGGAGCUAUUAAUGUGAAUGGAGUUGUUGUGUGUAUUACCAUAGCCUGUAGUAAAGCUAAUGAGUUCCAAGUUACUUGCAAUAGCUCUGUCUGAUUGGGUACGUACAGUACAUAUAACCUAAAUUUGGUUCUGCUUUGAAGAAUGUAAAGCUGGCAGUAAGAGUUUUGAACAUAAUUAGCAUUAGAAUGUUUGUACAUAGUGUUAAAGGGCUGUCAUUAAGGGCCAGGGGCUGGGGAUUUCCCCCUAGGGGCGUCCACUAUAGGGAAGUUUGGGUGUGGGUGCCACCGAAGUCUUCAUGUGUACAUGUGUAAGGGGACCAGAGUUCACUAGCAUAAUAAUUUAUUCUAAUUUGGGUGGAACAAUUGAACAGUAUAAAAGUUUCCUGGUGUCAGUGUCACUGAUGUCUCUGCAGAGUCGGUAAAUAAGGUAGCGUCAAUUUCUGCCGCUCUCUUGGUCCUCCCCAAGAAGAGAUGGCUGGAUGCGUGAGUGGCCUAUCCUGUCCAUGACAAAAAUUCAAAAUUUAAUUUAUGCAUCGUUACCAAACACCGGAAAUGGGAAAUGUCAUAAAAUAUGGAACACCUGUGGUGCUUUGCCUCUUGGUCACCUCAGUAUUGCCAUAAACAUCAGCAAAAACACGUACUGGUUUAAGGUGUUGACAUUAAUCUUGUAUUAUAAGUUUGGAGUGUAUUACAACAGAAAUGGACUUCACAGUUGUCUCCUUCACAUUAGCUGUCAACAGCCAUUGUUGCAAACUGGAAAUAAUUACAAGCGGUAACUCGAACUGUAAACUAAAGGGAAACAAAAAGCAGUUCGAAUUAGCAAGGAAUUUGAGGUAUUGGCGGGGUGAAUUUUAGUGAAAUUUUGAUCAAGAGAUUCAAAGAAAAUUUAGUUCGAGUUUACAUGUAUAGCGCAGAAUUUGAGUAAUCCGAGUUUGAGUUAUCGAGGUUCGCUACCGUAAUGAUCCAGAUAUGGCUGAUUGAAUUUCAAAAACGUACUUACCAUUUGCCAACUUCUCUAUUUAAGCUAUUGCUUUUCUUUGUAAACAUUUCAGAUGUUUUUAUUAGCUUAAAACACUCUAAAACGCAAUCGCACUCCACAUCAAACAUGCCUUUGCAUCUGCCAUUUGAAUUGUGCUCGAGGAAAAUAAAUUUAUGCUGCCUGCUUGAUUUGAGCAGGCAACAAUCUGAUUUGUGUUAUUAUUGACAAUAGCAAACUCAUGCCUCCUGCCGUCUGUUUGGGGGAGGAGUGCGAGCUCAUUUUCCGAACCGCGGUUGGUAAUAAUUAUGGUUUGUUAAGAGUAUGGUUUGCUCUCAGGAAGAUCUGAUUUAUGAGUUGAGACGACUGAAGGUUGUCUGUAAUGGUUUAAUGCCCAAGUCAAUGGUUUUGCUAGCUGUGGUUUUUAGUAGGGUCCCAAAGUAUGUGGUAUUCUCUGUUUAACAGAAAUGUUUUGCUGGAGAUGUUUAGGGUCUUGCACUUUGGUAUGCCAAGGCUCAUUGUUAAGGUGUGACUCCAGUUGGAGAGCUGAGUCGUCUUGCUGAAGAGAGGUCUUAUCAGUAUUCUUUGAAAUGAUCUUGUAUAAUUUGGAGUUGUCAGCAAAAAUUGCUAUUUUAGAGUCAACAAGAAAAACUUUGUGUCUCGUGGAGCCUUGCCAUGCUGCCAUCUUGCUUGCAUGUUCUGUCUGAUUAAUUUACAUUGUACCCAGCAACUUCAAAUCUUAGCGACAGCCCUACAGGUGCAAUGUACAUAAUACCACUACAGUUAGAACAAGCAUUAUUAUUUAUAAUACGAUGUAUUAUUACAGUGAGCAUUAGAAUGUUAAAUGUUAAAACAAUUUGGAAGGUGUUAGCUUUCCAUUUACAGAUUGUUGUUAGUCAAAUUAAUAUUUUCCACUCAAAUAUACUGUAAUUUGUUAUUGUUCAAUCUCUUUCAGUUAUGUACAGGUCACGUUCUAUGCAGUAUACUUCUUAACUCAGCUGAUCUCUUGCGAGUUGACCUUCAGGGGGUACAAGUGCUUUUACCACACCUUAUCGCUGCUCUUGAGACAGUGCUACCUAGGAAAGAAUUUCAACUGAGGUGCAGUAUGCGAGCUAACUAAAUGAAAUGAAGUAAUAAAAGAUGUAAAUUUAUAAAAUAAACAAAAUUCCCUUGUUACUGGUGUAUCAUUUUGAUGGGUGCAUUUGUCAACUUGUGGUUCCAUAAUUAUGUUGCAUUAUUUUUGUCCUUUGGUAUAACCCCCAUCUUUAAUACUGCAAACACAGUCCAGAUUAAGUAAUGAUCCUGGUAACAAAGGAAACAAUUGCUUUUGUUAUGGUGCGAUCACUUUCCUCACAUAAGAAUAUGUUAUUUUCACCCAGACAAUGCAUUAACCGACAAAAAGGCAGUUUAUGAAACUCCAUUUUUAAAGGGUGCCUUUUUGUGAAAGAUUUUGACCAAUCAUAAGAGUUGCAAACAUUACCCAAGAAAAGUUUACAAUUAAUUUUUACUUGUUUCUCACAUAGGAUUUCUGUUUAAUACUUAAGACUAAGAUGAGAUUUUAUUAUAAGGAAGUUACUUAGAAAACGGGAGAUUAAUCUACAUUCUGCUUUGCGAAGAUUUCAUAAAUUUUGAUGUCUAUUUAAACCAAUUAGAAAUUCAGUGGAGACAAAAAAAAGUUUACAUCUUUAUGCAUUCUGACAUUUCAGUGCAUGUAGCUAAGGUUUUGUUUUGGAACUCUUGGGUUUGCAAAAUGAUAACGAGAUGUUAAAAAAAAGUAUCUUCCGAAAUCAUGUACAUGUACUCUACAAAUGAGGGUGUGAUUUCCAGUCAAUCCUGUAUGUCAUACUUUACCAGUAUUUUUCCAAAAGAUGUUUUUGCUCAUUUAAGUGUCCUGCAUCAUUGUACUGUACAUUGUAAAUAAUUAUAUUAACUCAGAGGUUGAGUUUAAAAGCUGUAAAGGUUAAUUACUACAUUAUGACUGUAAUCACAAUUAUUUAAUUUUUGUCUUGCAUUUAUAACCUUUUCUCUCACCAUGUUCACACAGGUGUAAUGUCUCGACCACUGAGCUUUGUAGAGCAGCAAUACAUCUUCUGUUAUCCAUGUUGUGCCUUCCACUGCAUUUUCAAGAUCUCCCUAUAAAAGGUGUGAAAUAUGUUGCAAACACUUCAUCACAGACUGCUCUGGUCUUUGUGAUUUUGUUAAAAUUAUCAUAAAAGAGUUCUACCUUGAAUUUAGCAGCUUUUGGCUGCUUCCUGAGUUCACUGUUUCUGAUAUUCCAUUGCUGUCGUCCAGAGCUAUCUCCUUUUCAGUGGAGGCAGUGUGGCAGAGUGGUUAGAGUGCUGGACUUGUAGUCCGGAAACCCCGAGUUCAAGUCCCACCCUGGCCACUAGCUGGAUUUGUUCUUGGUAGUCUGAGUUCAAAUCCUUGGCAACGCUUGUAAAUAGCCAACUGGUUUGCCUCUUAUCAGUUAGGAUUCUUAAACAUUUAUUAUCUUCUAUUGUUUGUUUUUUUUUUUUAAUUAAUUAUUGGUUCUGUAUCCCUGAGAAGCCCUGUAAGGGGAGUGGAUAAUUUCAGUAUUUAUAAUUUAUAACUUAUCUUUGUACCUACAGCUGUAACUGAGGAUAUUCCUUCACUGAGAUUGAUUAGUACCUUGAGUUAAAGGCUAAUUUUUUCCUUUGUCUAUUGUAUUUUUUUCUAGACAUGACAGCAACGUGGAGAAAGAAAAACUCUGCUGAACAAGACAAUCAAGAACCCAAGAAGACACUGACAUUCAUGUCACUAAAGCCCAGACUCACUAGACUUUUGCUGGAAGCUCUGCAGUGUGAAGCGGACUCUUUUAAUGUUCAGAUCUUAGUGGGAGGUUUGUUGUUGUUUAAGAAAGUUUUAAGUUGGAUGUGACAAGGUCUUCUGUACUUUUUUGUGUGCCCUAUGAAAAAAAAGAAAUGCUUGUUGCAUCCUUAUAGACAUUGAUAAGUGUACAAUUGCAUGCUUAUACACUAACAAUUCCAACAUUUUAUAUUCAAUAAUUAUUGUCCAUCCUUUCCCCUCAGCCUCCUAACAGGCAAGUACUCGUUGAUUCUGAAAUUAUAUAUCAGGGUUCUAGACCAAUGUGCUAAUGAGUACCCUCUGCAGCACAGAUGGUAUUAUGGUACCCUGUUGGUACUCGCAUGAUUAUCUUUUACUAUACAUUGCAUGACCAUUUCUUUUCAGGGGUAUCCUUACUAGUCCAAGAUAGUGAGAUUGCGGAGUCCCAAGGGAUUGCUUCCCCUAAGCAGGAUGAUACUCCAGCACGUGUGUCUGAUCAUCUCCAGGCUCCUCAGGAUGCUCGCCGCCGAGCCAGCACUGGUAGCAGCCCAAUAUCAGAGGCCGGCAGCACUGGUACUUUGGACAGUGUUGGCCAGCUUGGAUUCAGUCAGCAGUCUGUGCAGUCAAAUGGUAUGCAUUCAUAUAUACUUCUUCAAUGUGAAAAAAUGUUACAAAAUUGUGGAAGCUUAGCAGCUGAGUUUACUUAGUUACUGUCUUAUUGAAUGAAGCAGUAAAUAAUUAUUUUUAAGAAAACUGUAGUGCUGUGUCAGUCAGACAGAGUAUUGUUAAAAAGAAUUCGAUUUUGUCAACUUCCAUGUAGUUAGUUGAUCGCCUAUACAAUAAGUCAUGUUUUUAGUUAAUCACCUAUGAAGCAUGUUGUAGCCUGCGAGCAAGCUCUCUGGGGCACUCGGACAGUGGGGUAGGAAAAGGAAGGAGAGCUUGCUACUACAUCUCUGGAAUUUGAUAUCUGCAUCAAAAAGGUUGAUGUGAAAUGCUGAUUGGCAUAGAUGACACUACUAAAAACAUCACUACCCUUGGCACCUUUUUUUUUUCAAUGUUUGUUUACAUUUGCACUCUUUUCCCCUUCGUGCUGACUGGUGGAAAUCUGACAACCCAGUUCAUGGGAGCCACAGGGGAAUUCUUGGUGGGAUUCAAAUUCCAUCUCCAUCCUCUUCCAGCCCUGCCACCAGAGCGUUCUGGUGAGCUUGAUUGCGCAGGCUAAUCAUGAUUUGUUAAUGACCUCUUUCUUUCUCAGUAAUAUUGAUCUUCAAAAACACUUCAAACUUUCCCAGAUUUGUCUCCUCCUUUCCAAACCACAGUGUCCUGUUAUGUGGAAGCCUGUUCACAAUCUAACUUGUGGUCUAGCCAAUUCCAUAUUACAAUUGAUUAGACCUGGUACUUUUCCCUCCACCACUUUUGACAUCCUUCAAUGUGGUCUUCUACACCUGUACUUCAUGUUCAUGUAUCUCAGUUGAACUCUGCAAUUCUUAGCUAUUUCUGUACACUGUACUGUAUUUUUUCCCUUUUUUUGUUUUGCAGCUGACCUGAGCACAAUACAGGGUCUCUUUGUGCAGUUGACACAUCUCCUUUGUAAUAAACUUGUUGUGAUCAGAAGCAGCCGAUGGAAAUCUGACCUGCACAUUACACUGUCUGCCUUUGAGCUACUUUCUAGUCUUGCUCAACUUAGCAUAGAUCAUUUGGGUAAGGAAGAUCUCAUGUAUGUUGUGGUUGAAUUUUGUCCUUGUUUUAAGUUUUAUUCCUCCUUGAGUUUCUUUUUGGGUAUGGUAAUGUACAUUGUCUGAUAAUGACUUUAAAACGAAGCAAAAGUUAAUUAAAAUCAUUUAGAGUAAAUAGAAAUAUUAUUUUAUUAUUUCUUGUUGAGAGUGAAAUAGUAUGACUUCAGCAAAUACAAUGGACUGAUAUUGAGCAUGGGUUUUCCUCUUGAAGAAAGCAUUUAGAAAAGCAUAAGUUAUAGCCUGCGUGGCUGGUGGGAUUAGCAGGCGAGUGCUGUAGUGUUUUGGCAGCAGAGCCGCAUAAAGGUUGGGAGCAAGUUAAAUUGAUUUUCCCUCGCGGCGUCGCUGUUCUCCCUUCGCGUGGCGGCUCUGCCGCCAACCCACGCACAACAAUUUCACCAGCUACGCAGGCUAUAGACUGCGAGCAGUCUCUUUUUCUUCAGAUUUAGUGAGAGCAAUGCACGUGCGCGGGAGCGGCGAAGCCGCGAGACGCGCGAAACGAGGGCGGCAUCAGUCACGUGCGUGGCCAUUUGCAUGUCUCGCGUUUUGCUCGACAGACUACAGAGAAAAGAGAGACUGCUCGUAGUCUACGCAGGCUAUAUAAUUUAUAUUUUACUAUAUAGUAUAAACCAUCCAGCUGCACACUUUUAAAAGCACAUGGACAAAAAUAAUGUUGGACGUUUUUUGCUUUUUCAGACCAAGCUGAAUGCAAGAGUACAAUCCAUUGGUUGUGUGAUUAUGUAUCAUACCAAGCCAAUAAGAAAGCCACACAUCACUCACGUGACUUACAUUCUAUGAUAGUUGCUGCAUUCAGCUGCCUACAAACAUGGAUAACGUCACACCCAUGGCUAUUGGAUAGUCAGGUCUGUAUAAUCCUUUUACUCGCAAGGCUAGUGUUCCGAACGGAAAACACAAGAGAAAUUCCAAUGUAAUUUAGUAAAGUGGUGCUAAAUAAAUGUUUCCAUGUCAAAGUACUUUUGAAGGGGUUCGGGUAGAAGGUUGCAUGUAGAAUCACCAUGUAAAACAUGAUGAACAGCACCACUGAAAAGUAGUGUACAUUUGCUUUCAUUUCAAUGGUCAGUCACAUUAUGAAAAUUCCAUACCCAGAAGCAAAAGUUAGAACCAUCGUUUACAGCGCAAUAAACAGCACCACAGAAAAGAACUGCUCAGUAGAUUUCUUUGAUCGCCCUUAAAGCUUUUAGCCACAGAAUCAAAAGUUAGAACCAUUUCGUACAGUAUAGUGAAUAGGGGCACAGCACAAAGUACCACUCAGUACCUUUCUUUUGAAUCCGGCUGCACUUCGUUGUUUUGGAAGUUCUGAAUUAACCCAUAAGAAAGUGUAUAGAGAAGUAAAAACUCUUGGUGAUAUCAAUUUAAUGCGUCAGAAAAAAAAUGACAUACACAGCUAUAGAGGCUUACGGUCAUAAAAUAGCAGCAUCUUAAAUGAUUUGUCUUUGAACUUUGCAGGGCUGCUUACAAGUUGUCAUGGAAGUGGUUGAGCUGGGAAUAUCAGGAAGCAAGUCCAGAGAAAUUCCAAGAGUAAGUAACACAACAGACCAGUGUGGUUUCUCUUGCACGUUGAAUUUUUGAGGUAAAAAGUCGAGACGGCGCAGGGGUAACAGCACUGGCCUCCCUCCAUCUGACACAGAUUUCUCAGUUGGGUCACAAAUGAUGCCAACGUAAGUCGAUCACAGCUUUCAUCAGUUUUGACACAGCAAUCCCAUAAAAUUCAGUACCAAAGUUUCUGUAGUGGCCAUUUGAAGUCCUCAAUUGUUUUUUUUUCAUAGCCUUCAAUUUCCUUUUCAAAUUGUUAAUUUUCUAAAAAUUAAGACUGUUCUUACCAACAUUUUCUUGCUUCUAUCUCAAGGAUCAUCAACAAGGAACAGAAUUUAUCCCUCGGUUAAAAGGUGGGUAAAUACCAAGGUUCCACUUCUACUUCUAGCAGUGUCAGCUUAAUUUUGUGUAUGUUCCCGUAUUGAUAUAAGCAAAGGCCAUAGGAUUAACCACGUUUAGGCUUUGCGUAGGCUGGUCAAACUUCCGUUCUUCUUCUGGUCAAUCUUCCUUUCCUAUUUUCAAUGGUAUCUGCCUUGCGAAACACUGAGGCUCAAGGGAAACAAAAUUAAAUAGUUUUAAAAUCAUCAUGUGAUUUGUUAUAAUUAUAGAACAAAAGGAGAAAUCUGUACACUGUACGAAUUGAAAGUAAAUCUCGCCGAGCGCUGAACAUACCGGAAACAGUGCACUGAUAAAAUCAUAACUUCCUCUGACGUCAAAGAAUGGAGUGCUGUCCGCUCAGAUGCUUGUAGCGGGAAUUAUUUGUAGGUAUCAUAGGAUCUCGAAUAAGUAAUUAGAACGCGUCCUGUGUGGGAAAAACGUCCAGCUUUAUAUUUCAGUAAUGGUUGUACUCCUCCUUGCAGGUGACAAAGAACUGAAACCUGUAUCGUUCAGAGUGAGAGAAGCAGCUGAAGGCCUCUUGACUGUCAUAAUGGAACACUUGGUAUGUCAUCCAGGUAUUAAUGGUGUUCACAGUCGAAAGGAUGGUGCCUGUUAAAAAUUUCCAUAUGAGCACAGGUUACCCAUGUUGGAAGCAUGUUGAACCUAGGGUAGGCCAAUGCCAGUUCAUUACACAGUUAUCCCAGUAUUCACCAGUACGGAGGCGCUGUGAAGACCCAAACCCAGACCUUCAGAUUUGAAGUGACGCUCGCUGCCUCUCCCACAUCCCUCGAUAAGGAGAUAGUGUGAACUCUGUUAGAUAUUUUAGUGGGAGAAAUACUAUUGUGCUUUGUCAGUUUGUGAUGCGAAACAGGUCAGACUCUUCUUUUAAUUCAACAGGGAGCUUUCCCUUCACCUUGUGGUCCAGCCUCGUUAUCAUCUCUCCUGGACGAAGACUGGGUUUUAGAUCACGUGCAGCCAACCGAUGGGUCAACAAAGGUCAGGACAGGACUAGUACUUUAAUAGUUGAGAUAACGUACAGUAUUUUGUCAAGAAAAUAAAAAAAAAGCAAAACUUUUGUUAUACAGCAACCAUCUUUAACCUGCAUCUUGCUUUCGAGCGCAGCGUCCGCACCAAAUUUAAUGUGUCAUGAGCUCUCUUGCGUCCCUACCAUCUUUGUUUGUUUCCAGCAUUUGGCACCACUUCAUUUACCCGCGCUUUUCUCCCUUGUACAAAUUCUAGUACUUGUUAACGUUUGGUGCCUGCAACAUGUUUGCCGUCCUUGCAACCACUUCAUUUUUCCCGCGCUUUUCUUUCUUCACACACAGGUAUUGAGUACUUAGCAUUUGGCGCCAGCAACAUGUUUUUCAGCCUGUUAAACACAAUUCUGUCCUUUCCCGCGCUUGGCUCCUUUUCACUUCUCCCGCAUUUUUCUGCUUGUUUUCCAGCCUGCUUAACAACGCUUCUAUUCUCUCGCGCGCUUGGCACCAGGUCUUUUUUCCCGUACUUUUCUCCUUGCUUUCUCGCCUGCCUAUCAACGGUUCUUUCUUCUCCAGCGCUUGGCACCAGACGAGCGUCAGACUCAUAUUAUUUUUGUUACUGUUUAUUAGCAAGUGUUUCACAUGUUACGUGUUAUAUUUUUCAUCAGACGCCCCGCAAAUUCCAAUACUUUGUAAUCCAGGAUAGCAGUAUCAUGUUAGGAUUGUUAGAAGAAUCCCUAAAGCACAAAGGUAAGCUUUUCUUUUGUUCAUUGCAGGAUACAUGAUUGUUUUAAGCCUUUUCCACCAUAAAUGCAGUCAUAUAGGGAGACUAAAUCUUUGCUUGCCUUUCGGGUUGAAUGCCCCGGGGCCCAGUUUGCUGAGUUUGUGACAAGCCCCUUAGAUAUCACUGGCUUUGAAACUACUGCUCUGCUUUACUUUAGAGAGCUUUUAAGACAAUAUAAUGACAUUCGUAGUAAAGAAUUUUCUUGUUUAAUGAAGAUUCCCCAGAACUUGAUGGCUUAAUUUUUGUGCCUGUUUACUGCUACACGCAAGACAAAUUUGAUCUGAUAAUGAAUUACAACUGUACCACAAAACAACGAUGUCCAUUUAAUAUGCUAGCAAGGUUACCGUUUGCCUUAAAAUAAAUGAACCACGGCAAGCAUCGCAUUCUUUUAAGAAAAGAAUCAACAAACCCAUUGAUUUUAAGCGAUUUUCAUCAAUUCUAAACCCUGUGCAGAAACAAAAGAGAUUGACCGUGUGACCCGGCCUCUCUAUAAGCUCUAUUUUACACUAACUUGAUAACGUCAAUAUGUAUUUUUUUCUGUUAGACCCUUUACCGACCUUGUCAGCAGUUAUCCGUGGUCCCACUGGCCGUUAUGUAUGGACCAUGCAGUUAAGACAGUUUUCACGACAGAAAAAUGUACAGUACUUCAUGUUAUUUAUUCAAUUAAUCCUUUUAUUCUGCUCCAUGAGAAAUUUCUGCAAUUUGAUUGGCUUAGAGCAGUGGUAUUUCAGCUUAAUUCAGCCGAUGUACACGUCUAACCAGUGAAAUCAGCCUUGUUUAAGAUGACAGUUGGAGAACUGAAUUUUUCUAUUAUUUUUCUACUUCUUCUCAUUUUGGAUAGGUUUUUUAAUCCUUUUGACUGCGAAAAUCAAUCUUUGAUUCUUGAAUUUUUGCCAGCUGCAAUGACUCCUGACACUUUGAUUAUUUCAUAUGCGAAGUUUUACGCACUGCAGCUAGUUGACGACCUUUUUGUUGAGGGGCUGAAAAGUCCUUGCUCUCAAAUAUCCGUACGGCGAGCAAUUUUCUUUGGAAAUGCUUUAGUAUUGUAAUAUUUUGCACAAGAACUAACGUUCUUUCUGGUAAAUUUGCUUCUUUCUCCUUAGGACCUGAUUGAGGCGCACCUUAAGGACCCAGGGCGCCCUUCACCAGACAAGACCCAACCUCGACCGCCCCCGAACAUAAAACACCGGGCCUUCCCUGAAGAGGUGGAUACAGUGCCUCUCACGAAAGCGUUAGUGAAUUUGUUUUUGUUUUUCUUCUUUUGCAACAUCCGUCCUAUUUCCUCGAAGUUUUCCUAUAGCUUUGUACGUGCCUUACAACCUGCGUUGCAGCUGGUUCACCCAUCGUCUAAGCCAUUGGCCCAUGCCGGCAGUGUAAAGUGUCUGCAACGCAAGCUAGUACCUUAUCUCAGUUGGAAACCUUUUGAUUAAACAGAGACCCGACGUUGUUGUUAUCAGUCCGGUAUCGCAUGCAUAGUACGGGUGUAUAGAGAAAAAGAAGCUUCGGUUUGCGAAAAAACGGUGGCGUUUGCUAUGACCAACAGCUCUAAAUCCUUCUCAAAAAGCGCUGUAUUACUUUGUGUUAAUACGAUCAGGAGUAUUUUCUUGCUUCCCAUGAAAGACAAAAUAAAUAUAGGGAGGGCUUGAACGCAGGUUAUUCGGCAAAUUUAGAUAAAAACACAGUGAGUGUUGUUUGUGUGUGUAGAGGGCGGGGACUGUAACUAGUGGCCGGACUAGUCAUUUUCUGAUGCUUUAAAACACCUCUUUCCCAUAUUUCCAUUUCCAUCAUCCGUUGCCAAACGAUUUCCGUGCAGUGUUAGUUUUUAUUUUAUACCUUUCUUUCCUUUUUCUAGAGAUCGAAGUAUACCAGAACUGGAUGACAUUUUAGAUUCUAAACUCAGUGAAGUGCAGGACCAUAUGCGAGCACUAAUGCAGAAACAGGUCUAUGAUUACUUUCACCUUCCGUGUCUUUUAUGUCCGGUCCUCACUAGAGACGCAAGCAUAAUUAUAAGAGUAAGCAUAUCGUAAGCCUAUGCAUGAGCAUGAGAAGCUUAUGCGCUAGAGCAAGGACGGCCUUGCCCCACGCGCUAGAGUGAGGAUGACCUUGACACACGUCAGUAUAUACGAUAUUCUUGUGUUCAUCCAUAUGCUUAUGUCCCCUCCCCCUCCCCCGUCCUGACUAGCGUAGAAGCUCCUUAUGCUCAUGAUUAUCUGGCUUGCAUCACUUGUGAGGACCGGGCUUUACUCAUCCUUUACCCCAACCUCGUCCCUAGGGCUAAAUGGGAGGGAAUAGCUCUGGGGACGAGGUUGCCUUUAGUUUACCAGUCAUAUCAGAAAAGUCCGAAAUCUAUAAAUUUAGAUGAAAUCUUGAGUCUCUCAGUAUUUCUAUACCUGUGUACUCCGUGUGCUUUUGAUAAGUCUCGUUUUUCUGAGUAUUGUCACUUUGUUGUUUAUCCCCACUUUUGGACCGUAUACUACUGGUCUUCAUCAUUCGCCUGAUGAAGAAGAGCAUUACUCCAUGCCGCGUUGCGGUCAAUAACGAAAUGAUUGUUGUGAGGAAAGUGACAAACGAGCCCUAUCUUAUACAUACCACAAUAAAUAAUAUCUUUCAUGAUGUGUUUUCUUGCUUAAUAGUUGGAGCAUGAAACAGUGGCGCAGGCAAAAUUAAAAGGAGGAAAAUCAAAAGUGAAAUUUGCUGAUGACGAUGCAGGAAAAAGACCACCCCAGUAAGUAGCAGGGGGAUGAAUGACAGCACAUUUUAUAUGUCUAGUAUUCGUACCGUAAAUCCUUUAUAGAGGCCCCCUCUUUAAUAAGCACAGCCCCCCUAUUUUCAAGAGAAGAAAGUUAUUAAGGCCUUCUCCUCCGCCCUCAUUUUUAACAACCAAAUCAAUUAACGAUAGAGUGAGCGCAUUGUUAAUGUAAAUCAAAUAAGCCCCCCCCCCCCCCCACACACACACACACCUCUUAAAUAAGCCAAUGAUCUCUCUUAUUAUUCCCCCCACCCCACGCGUGAUUGAAAUAAAUAAGCCUCCCGCUCGAAGGACUGAAUAGAUGAUUAUUUUACGGUAUUUGAAGCCGUUGUCUCCAUCGUCACGCAUUGUCCUUCACUUUGGCAGGCUAAAGAAGCGUUGCUCGACGGGGUUGCCAAGGGAGUUUAGAAUGUUAUCAGGUGUAUUUUUGUUACCCUCAACCUGGUCGUUAUUUCGAUUCACUUGACUUAAUUCUGUACUUCUCUUUGUGUUUUUCAGACCAUGUAAGGAGUUUAGUCCAUCUCGUCUUUUGCUUUCCCAUCUUGGUUUACUGUCCAUCGAAAGACUAAUGGUAAAGUAAUACUGCUAUUCUGUUUGCGCUUUUUUAAAGGGAUUUUGUCAGACGUACUUGCUUUUUUUGUCAAUACUAUAAUAAUCUUUUAUAAAUUAAACUUUAUGAAUUGUAAUAUAAACCUACAAAGAAGGAGAAAAUUACGGACGAGGUCAUUGAGCUACAGAGAGCAAAUUUAAAUAAGUUUUCAGUUCCCUCUUAAACAUCUAAACAGAAAUUGAACGUCUAGUUUUAGGAAAGCUCGUUCCAAAGUCUUGGAGUUGUAGUCAAAGAGCUCUAUCACAUUACGUUUUUUGGAUAGACUUCCGUUCAUCUAACAGUUCUUGCGGACCCGAACGCAGUUAGUCUUUGCAAAAAGUGACGAAAAACAACAAAAGCAGCAACCUCGUUCCAAGGGAUUAUCGUCGUCCUCUUCUGUUUCAAGGGGAAGAAAGACAAACAGCCCUGGGGAUAAGAACGCUAAAAAAGGCAAAGAGCACUGAAGACAAAGGAAACGCUUUUUAUUUCAAUCUCUACCCUCGACUGAACUAGAGACCACGUUGUAAAACACUAAGAAGAUGUCACAUCUGGCGCAUCAAGUCCUAGUCGUCCCUUGACAUCAGAAUGCAUUGGGGACCUAUCUUUCUCCUGCGUAACCCACUAGGCCCUUUAGAGCAACAAUCUUAGGCAAAAAGUGUUGUUGAGAGUUUUGCACUUUCUUAUCCCCAGAACGCCUGUCCCGUUAUUAUGGUACCUCUAUGGCCCCUCCCGUCGCCCCACCCUAGCAAAUUUUUUUAGUGCGGAUCAGAAAUGACCCAGCCGGACUUAAACAAUGUUUUUUUUUUGUUUUGUUUUGCUUAUUGGUGGGAAGGAGGGGGGGGGGGGAUGGGAAGGGGGAGUAUUAAUUUGUAGUUACCAGUGCUUUCAAGAGCUUUAUCUUGAAACUAGACAUGGGGAAGUCCAUUUUUCUCAACAUUUUUUGUUCAAGAUUGAACGUUAUGUACAGUCGCGUCAAAAUUGUUGGGACACUUAACUGUCUUCUUGCCCUCCCAAUGUUGGUGUCCAAAUUUGGUGAGUUAACUGCGAUCAACAACAUUGGGAGGACAAGGAGACGGGCCAGAAGUAAAAACAGCACUGGGUGGAAGUGUCCCAACUAUUUUUGUCUAAGACGAUAGCCCUCUCCCUUGACUUGAUGCAUUUGUGACGUAUCUCUCUUUCUUUUGUAGGGUAAUCCAUUGCGUCCAUUCGAGGACGCGAGCCUGCUUGCACUGAAUUCCACGUCCAGCGGAUUCUCUCAAGCUCUGAAGGAACUUGAUCACGUGUCUACGCGAACACAGGAUACAGUUUAUGUGUUUUACGUGAAAGCGGAACAAACAGACGCACAUGAAAUCAUAGAAAACCAGGUGAGUAUAAUAUCUGUGAUAUUUACUGGAAUGAAUGAACCUUAUUAGUGAUAUUCGACGCAAAGUGUCCUCAUGAAUAGCAUUCAUCGAAGAUUCUGUCAAAUAUGAAGUUAUAUGAAAAUAACGAACGACCCAGCCUGUCAUUGGCGUUGUAAUUAAACAACAUUUGUCAGUACUUAAGAGAGACGCGCCAGUUAGAAACAAGAUAAGGAAAAAUGACGGAACAUCAUUAAGUGUAGGGAAUGCCGUUUACACGAAAAACGUUCGCAAACACUUGACAUGGAGUAAUGUGUUGUGCUGUUGUUGUCCUUUAUGUUGUAUAACUCUAUAAGAAACACGAGAUAAUUGAGGCUUUAUUACGACCUUGUCUUCCCUUCUUUGUCGGGCCAUGGUGAAUUGAAGAUUAUAAAAUAACUAAGAUAGUACGCGCGUUCCGAUUGGUUAAAAACCUAUGGCUUACUGUGCCGGUAAACUCACAGAAAACUGAAACAUGUUUAAAGUUAUUUUAUAAAAAGCAUAAGACUACACUUUCUAUGGGUUUACCGGCGUGAUAACCCCCUUAGGAUGUUGGGAGAACACUCUAAAAGGUUGUAAGUCACUCGCCUUCGGCUCGUGAUUUAUAAGCUUUUCUCGUGUUCUCCCAACAUCCCGCGUGGGUUAUCACACCGGUAAGCCCAUAGAAAGUGUGGUCUGUUGCUUAAUUAAACUUAAAGUACAUUAUGUAUAAAACACACGCUAACAUAAUUUUUCAAACAUUUGCUUGUAUUGCUAACAGAUUGGUUCCUGUAAGCAUUCCAAGGCAUUCCGUGAGUUUCUACUCUCCUUAGGAUGGCUGGUCGAUAUAGACUCGCACUCGGGCUGGUCAGGGAACAUUAAGAAGUGCUGGAGCCGAGGCAGUAGUGUAUCUACCUUGCGCCCUGAGGAGUCCAGCUACUUACGGUCCUCUCAUAGCGUUUCAACUCUCACAGGCAGCGAAGAACAGGAGAUGUCUGGGAGCGACAGCGAUCGAUAUGCGUCUUGUCGAGAGAGUUUUGAUAGUGAAGCAUCGCCGAGCAGCGGGAAGGAUUCUCCAGCCGUGAAUUCUUCUCCUUCUCAUCCUCCGACUGAAACCAAGCUGGUUGAUGAGAUUCUUUACUACGCAGAUGUAAGCUGUGAGGUGGCGUUUAUCAUGCCGUCCCUCCUGCCGCGGUAUCAGAAGUUUCGGUGCAUAGCAGAACAGCUGGAGAGCUUUAAGGAGGAAGUAGAGCCCAUGCUGCGAAGAAGGACUCGGUCAGGUAGCACUGGGAGCCUGGAAGGAAGUAGUAUUGGGAGCCAGUUGGAUAUCAAAAGCAAGAUAUCCCGUCAGGCCUCCGAAGGGAUGACUAUACACGAGGUAUAUGAGAGCCAGUGAUACUUUACCUGACUUAUAUAGACUACUUAUCAUUAUAGAAAGAAGCAAUGGGGAGGAAAUCAAUGCGCCAUUUGCACGAUGGCGUCAUUUUACUACUACGACCAGAAUCCUUUACGUUUUUCCUUUCAUAUUUUAAAUCUGGUAAUCCCAGUGAGGUUUACAAAACAUAAGCACUUUUUUGCACAAGAAAGCAAAACCCUGAAGGAUUCGUGUCGUAGUGGUAAAAUGACGCCAUCGUGCAAAUGGCCUAUUAUCAGUGUCUUUCCAUUACAUUAUAUUAAGCGGCAAAAGUAAUUUAUAUAAAUGAAAGCGGGGCGAAGUUAAGGACUUGCUCUGUCCAUAAACUAACAGAAGGUUUUGUAAAGAGUUUAGCUGAUGCUAGUAUUGUUUUAAAGUUAAAGUCAAUUAUCCGCGAAACUAACCCGAAAAAAUCCAGCCAAUAGCGAUAAUUCGCAUUAACGUAAUAUACCAACCACUGGCACAUUUGCUCCUUGGACAAAAACAAAAAAAUCGCUUUUUAUUUGAGUGUGAAUGCAUUUAGCAUAAAACUAUUAAUAACUUAGGACACCACUAUGUUUACGUCUCCCAAUGGAGACGGGACCGCCAUUUAACGUGGCCAUCCAAGCCACGUGAAGGUCUCGCCGUCUGCAGGGCAAAGACAGUAUCUUUAUUGCUCAGUUAUUUUAUGACCCUGAGAGCUGGUUCUGUCCCGGGGAUAGAACCCGCGAUCUCCCGCCCUGCCGUCAAGCGUUGUACCGACUGAACUAGUCCUGUCGCGGUGAAAGGGUUAUUAUCGUUUAAGUCAACGUCAAGACGCUCUCUCUGGUUUCAGAACCGUGCCAUGUCGCGUCUUGAUAACGAACUCUCACUAGAGAGUCGACCGCUGUCCAGGUUGAGCACACACAACACGUCGUCCGAGACAAACGUAGUGGUGGCCUGGCUCGAGCGGUUUGAAGAUCAUGCCCAGUUCCCUGUGGACGAGCUGCUGAUGGAAUUUGAUCUCAGUCAGAAUGUGGGACACAGCUUGCGCGAGAAAGACACCGUGGUUAUUUUUAUACAUCACCUGAGAAGUGGGCUAUACCGCAUCCAUAUCAGGUCCACAAUCAGGUACAUCAGUCAUAUCUCUUUUUUACUUUUACUUUGGAAUUUUUUCUUAAGGACGACAACCUUGCAAAGUACCGUGAUAUUAUUCAUAAAGCCGACAUUAUUCAAUCAUGUUUGUUAACUUUGUGUGUUUUUGCCAGCCCGCCUUAAUCUAAAGAUAAUUGGUCAUUUUUUUAGGUCCCCUAUUGGUGGGCCCUUGGUGGACGGUAUGGUAGUGAGCCGCAGGACACUGGGCACCAUGGUACGGCAGACCGCUAUCAAUAUAUGCCGUAGGCGUAGACUGGAAAUUGACUCGUAAGUGAUGUUUCUUUUGAGAGUGUUAAAGCUGCCUUACGCCAUCUAAGUUGGAACGUUGUUUGCUGUGUUCUGUAGCUUCUUUGAAACUUUCUUUAAGGAAAAAGGGAGAAAAUACUUUUUAUUCACACCCACAAAAUGGGUGAUUCCCACUCCCGCUUGGUUCUAAUUGCCUUUACUAACAACUUGUUCAGGGAGUGGAGAUAAUGCCAUGGGAGUGAAAAUAUUGCGCUUGUCGGGCGUCGUCUUCUUGUGCCUCUUAUCUUAUUAGUAGCUAAUAAUUCGUUACGAUACCAGAGAAAAUCACGACAACUAGUGCACGGUAAGAGGUUCAGAAACUGAAGACAACGUCGUUAACGUGAAGCGUUCGAUUUUUUUCAUCUUUUCAUUUUUAAUCAUGAAAACUGCUAAGUCUUACUCUCGAAAGAGUGUGCUAUCCGUUGUCCACUCAGAUACCUCGAAGAUAGUUUGAAAUCUCGUCUGUGCGUCAUUUUUAUACUGCUACUUGGAGGUGCGUUGAUAGUGAUUGAAGACCAGUGAAACACUCCUUCUCGUGUUGAAUACAUUAAAAACUAAAAGUGAAUCACGAUCAUUUCCCCGCGCAUUUCAUUUUUCCCGCGCUUAGUAGCGGUUAAACCUUUUUCGCGCACUUCGCAAUGGGGCAUCUUUUCCCACACCAGCGCUGUUGGCGGAACGACCCCUUUUGACCUUUUGUUUUAACGCUUACAGGUAUUCCCCGCCUCAAGUUUGUCGUAAACUGAAGAUUCAAGAUAUCGUAAAGAAAUAUCGUCAUGAACGAUCUGUUCCUGAUUUUUACGUAUCGCUCUUUUCCAAAGAUGCGAAGUAAAUUGCAGACAUGUUUUCAAAGUUGAAACUUUAAAAGUUCUCAAUUUUAAUUCAUAAAUACAAAAUUAAGCUACAUGGAAAGACUUCACUUUUACACUAAGGUACUUGUACAACAUAUAAAGAGUAUCACAUAAAAGGUGCCGAUCAAUAACUUUCAUUAGUUUGAAGUGCAUCUCAAAUCUCAAGUUUUAAACAUUACCAAAGUAUUUUAGUUGCAACUUUACUCUAGGAAUUAAGGUUUACAUGAGUUAUACUACUAUACAGACUGUUUAUUGUCAGUGGAAAGUACAUUGCUUGAUUAACAAAUACAGAUGUCUUGACUUUGUUCUGAUCAUGAAAAGAAGAACACGAAGACGAAAGAAGUGUAUGGGAGAACAAAAGACGUAUUCAAGUGUUUCUCUCUACUUCUUGCGUGCUGUAGCUGCCUCUUAUGUGCCUUAGUUCAGAAAAAGGUCAAGGCUUUUUCUUUUUUUUAUGAUAAGGAAUCCUUUAAAUUUCCCACGCAUUACUUUCUAAUUUUCAAAACAAACUAUUGGCAGAUGAAGUGACAGCUUGAGCUCCGUGUUUUAUACCGGCUCCCAUAAACACGCUUUUUCAACCAACCAGAGUGCGCGUUAUAUCUGAACUUUUUAAUAACAGUAAAUGCGGUGAUGACUCCUAUGACACAGCAGAAAAAUGGUAAACAAUUGUAUUUUUAAACAAGUUGGCUCAGUAUUUUACUUAUAUGCGACCGCCAUGUUUCUUCAACUGUUAUGUGUAUCAUUAUCGUCAUCAUCAUCAUCUCCACAACAGUCACCAGUGACCGCAGGCAGUGAUCAGUACAGGCAUCGUGUAAAUUGUAAGUGAUCAAUAAUGAGGUAAACAAUGAUUACCUUUUCCAUGCUGCUAUUUAGCUGGUUUUCUUGCAGCCUGUAAGAAG